CAGCGACCUUCCACGGUGAUCCCUAUAGCCCUCUCCUUGCUUAUAAAUACCACUGCCAUCCUCCCAGUCUUCCCCAUCCCUCGCUCCAAGUAUCCAUAGAACACAAUAACAUAUGGGGAGCAUUAGGCAUCUCGUUCUGGCCAAGUUCAAGGACGAGGCAGCGGUGGAGGAGCUGCUGCAAGGUUUGCAGAAACUCGUCUCGGAGAUAGACGUCGUCAAAUCCUUUGAAUGGGGAGAGGACGUGCUCAAGGACGAGAGGCUCGGCCAAGGCUUCACUCAUGCGUUCCUCCUGACCUUCGGGAGUGCCGAAGACCUUGCCACCUACAUAAAGCACCCCAGCCAUGUGGCAUUCGGGAAGGCAUUCCGUGCAGCCAUUGACAAGAUCCUGGCCAUUGAUUUCCCGGUGGUCACCAACGAGAUUAGUGCUUGAAGCCAUAACUAUGCCAUGAUUAGUUCGCAAGCAUAUGUCUACGUUGUCUCGAGUAUUAUUGUUGUCCCUGCCGUGUGUCAAAGGCUACGUAUUGAUAACGAUGAAGUUAUGUAGUAAACCGUAAAGUUAAUACAAAAUAAAACCUACCAUUGUCGUAUAA